AUGGUUGCAUACCCCGUUCCCCGUCUACAUAACAAAGUUACUGUGGUCACUGGUGCGUCUUCUGGAUUAGGCCGAGCCAUCGCGUUGGCCUUUGCCUCGCACGGCACCAAGCUGGUUGUGUGUGCAGAUCUGCAGCCAGAGCCGAGAAGAGGUAGUGACGGCGAGGUCGUUGCUACUCAUGAGGCGAUCUGUAAGACUUAUGGCGAUGGGAAGGCACGAUUCAUCAAGUGUGACGUGGGCGAAAGUGAGGAGGUCAAGGAAGUUAUACGGGUGGCAGUUGAGGACGGAGGACGGCUGGAUGUAAUAGUCAACAACGCGGGCAUCGGUCACUCCGACUCAAGCAUCCGACUUCAUGAGCUCCCUGAUCAUGAGUGGAACAGAUUCAUCCGCAUCAAUGCUACUGGCGUGUACAAUGGCAGUAAGCAUGCCCUUGUACAGAUGCUAAAGCAAAACCUCGACGCCAAGGGCUGUCGAGGACGUAUCAUCAAUGUCUCUAGCGUGAUGGGUCUGGUAGCCUCAGCAGGUGGCGCUGGUGCCUACAAUGCCUCAAAAGCCGCCUCCCUCAAUUUGACCAAGCAGAUUGCUCUCGACUACGCUCGCGAUCGUAUCACCGCCAACGCUCUCUGUCCCGGUUUGAUCAAGACAGCCAUGACCCGCGACCUAGACGAGGCAGCUGCGACAGCCUUUCUCAAGGCAACACCUUGGGGUGACUGGCUCGACGCAAGAGAUGUUGCCGGUGGCGCUGUGUUUUUGGCCAGUGAUGAUGCGGCAGUGGUGACGGGAAUUGCUCUGCCAGUAGAUGGCGGGUAUGUUGCAAUGUGA